GAGAAGUUAAACGAAGUUCAGCAAGGUAAAAAUGAUUCAGUUUUUUCCCCUUCUUUUUUUCACUCUCCCUUCUUGGCCUUGGAAAGCAAAACGUCUUGCUGAUAAGGUAAAGAAGUGAAAGACGCAAAUGACGAAAAAAAAAAUAAUAAUAGAAAGGAAAGCGAAGAGACUAACAGAUUCACUCAUACGAACAGGUAUUAACCCUUUGGCAUCUUUGUCCUCAGCAUCUUUUCUCUUCAGCUUGCUCUUGAAAUUCAUCUCUUGUCUUGAGAUCAUUUCUCCUCGGAGAACUUCCAUUUUUUUUGGAAUUGUAUUUUUUUGAUGUGUAAAAAAAUAAAUACUAAUAGACAGGUGAAAAAAUUAUUUUACUAUAUUUUGUUUAUUAAAAACUGAUUUCUGAAAGAAAUUUUGAAUAGGUUGUUGAGCUACCUUUCAGAUGUGAACUUAAGAGUAUUUCGCAGUUUGGAUUUCAACUGUUGAUUUCUUUAGCUUGAAUUAAUCAUUAAAAUGGGCAAGUGGAGCAUUCAUGGAACAUUUUUGUUGGUGGUGAUGUUUGUAGGGUGCCUUCCAUGCCAUUCAUUGGAUAUUGAUCCUGAAGAAAUUCCAAAAGAAAGCGAGCUUCACGCCAGGCAGUUUUGGAUGCAGGCAGACAAAGAUUUAAAAACCGCUGUAAGCAAAAUCAUUCGCAAGGCUAUGCCAGUUGUUAUGAAAGAAAUUUACAAAAAAGACAUUUCAACGACAUGCUUGUCAACUCUUCUACAGUUUACUUCAGCUCUCAAACAAUCCAAGAAAUGGGCAUAUUUAAUGCUUGAUUCAUCGGGUCGCAUACCAGAGGGAUUUUUGCAAGGAACGGUAACGUCCAUGGGAAAUUAUGAUGAAUGCUUGGCGAUCAACGUAAAUGAAACGAAAUUGAAAUUGAGAGGACAGUACUGCACUAUUGAAAUACACCCACCUCUACCUGUGUGGAAACCAUUCACACCACUACAUCAAACUGUACCGGAAUUACUCAAUAUUUCUGCUCCAGAUUCAGUUAUCACCUAUAUUGCAACGAUGUUGCAUAACUUACAUGUAGUAUCAGUGAAGCUUGGUAUAUGUACACCAUCCCCAUGUACAAGGGAAGAUAUUAGCCACCUGGUGCAAAUAAUUCCUGAAAAGUUAAACCUUAAAUGGAAGUUUGAAGUGAAGCAUUGCGAAAUAGAACAGGAUCUACAAUUUACUAAAUCCCAAUUGAUUGUUCUGUAUGUGGUUGGAAUUGUAUUUUUACUUUUAAUUGUUGGUACCGCAGUCGACAUCAUGUACCCGUCUGAGAAAAUGGAAAAGAAAGGUUACAGGUGGAUGACUUUCAAGGAAAAUACAAUUUUAGAUUUAUUUAACAUUAAAAACAUAUCGGAACCAAUGCAUGGAAAUAAAAUUCAAGUAAAUAAUGUGAAGUAA